AUGCCUCGUCGCAAACCGCGCCGCUCCGAGGACGACAGUAAUAGAACCUUCCCCCCCCAGGUCCAGCCGCAGCAGGCCCAACAGAAGACUACAUCUCCGUUACUCUCCGCAUUCACAACCGCCUCCUCUCUCCCCUUCAACCUUCUGGGUAACUCUCCUCCCCCGUCCGUAUCGCCACAACAUUUAAGUACAUCCCCAAACCUCCACGGACCAGCAGGGGAGUACGGUAACCCCCAGAAUCAUAUCUCGAUCCCAAACUCCUUCCCCAGAUCUUACCAUUCCCAAAUACCCGGUGGUGUUGGCGGUGGGACACCUCGUGCGAUAAGUCCGCCAACGGGUCUCGGUGGACGGGCCUUACAGCAUCAUGGCUCCUCCUACCCUUCGUUCCCAGAUCAGAGGGGUACUAGCGUGUACGCUACUAGUCCGACCCCGAGCCAUCUGUCUGGAAGAGGUGGACCGCGGCCACCGGCACAUUCGGGACAUCUGAAACCCGGAGAUGGCGGAUGGGCAUUUUCGUUUGAUAUACUAGAUGAUCUCGAAGGGAUUAUUGGAUCGGAAUCAGCUCAGAAAGCUUCGGGGAAUGGCGUCGUUGGAACUGACGUUGUUUGUUUGGGCUGGGACGGCGGUGUUGAUGUUUGGAAGGUUGGAAGAGGUGUCGUAGAGCUUCUUGCAAGGAUGAGUGGUUUGCCAGGAACUGUUAUCGGUGCUAAGAUUCUACCCACGCCUCGCCGAGACGACCCCAACGCACACUUACGCCCACUGAUCUGCCUCGUUAUGCACUCACCUGUUGUCCCAAAACACGUGGAUGACGAAAACGAGGACGGAUCACCGACUCCGUCGGAAAAUUCGAGGCCGACGAGUGCUGCUUCAAAUAGGUCUGCGGACCAGCUUCCGAGACACCAGGCAGAAGAGUAUCAAACAUCCGUAGAAAUAUACUCGCUGUCACGAAGAACUCACGUAGCUACGUUGUACAAGUCGCCAUACAUCCCAGUUGGUGUAAAUGGUAUUCCUGCACCUCUCGGAAUCCGGGUCGAAGUUUCAAACAUCGGCGGUACCGGAAAUAUUGUCGCCGUGGGAAUCGCGGGAACCGGUGAAGUCUUCUUGUUCGCGGACUCCAAACCCGCUGGAACACGCAAGAGACGAUCUGGAGUAGUUGACGACCGAUCAUGGCACUGUUGGGGCAAAGUCUGGACGAACAUAUACGUAGAGGGCAGAGGUAGCUCUUCUGGGAGCUUCAACGCUGAAUAUGGCAGCGAGAACCUGCCAAGUGUUAAAGCUGGUUUGCCGAUCUUUUCCCUCGAGGGCAGGUGGUUAGCCUACUGUCCUCCUUCACCCAGCGCUCAGGCUUUGAGAAUGGGCACACCUCUUCCCCCCGUCGGGGGAACUGCAAUCGGCGCACCACAUUUGCCAAAUCCAGCAGUCCCACAACCACAAGCCAAUACGUAUGUCGACGUCCCUGAAGACGAGCCGAUGCUUAAUCGUGUUGCCAGAGAGGUUACACAAGAGGUCAUCCGGGGCGCCAAGUGGAUGGGAGAACAAGGAAUCCGUGCCAUGAAGAAUUAUUGGAACGGGUACAAUAGUGCUAGCAAUAGUAACGGCAACAGCCCGCCGGGAGCUGGCGUUAAGAUUGGUCCUAAUCCUGCAGGUAGCAAUGGUGUUAGUGCGCUAGGCAUGCAGGUCCAGGAGAUGCGGGACCGGGAGCGGGAACUUGCAUCUCUUGGCCCUGGUAGCGGCAUAUCCCCUGGAAAGAACGGAUACCAGGGUAACGGGAACAAUUCUGGUCUUGCUAUUUCUAAUUCUUCGGAGUCUGUCGUUAUCUCGAUUAUGGAUCUUGGUAAGGGCAUGGCUCAGAGUCAGAAGAACGAGCCCCUGACCCCCCAGACUACGUUCCAGCCUUUACAGGGAGCCAGUUUCCUUUCCUUUGCACCCGGCGGGAUGGCUUUGUUAGUUGUUAGCAACAAGGGAGAUGUGGUUCAUGUUUGGGAUUUGCUAAAGGCUAUGCAUCAACCACCUGUAUCUGCAAACGCUCAAUCAAAAGGCGGGAAAUCUAGCCCCAGCGCCGCCGAUGCUUCUGCUAUUGCCGUCAACGGUAGGCUCGCAAACGGGCAUCAUGCAGGUAGGCAUGUCAGACAAAUUGCCAGGUUUACCCGUAUGACGGUUGCACACGUCAUCGAUGUGGUUUGGUCAGCUCCGAAGGGAGACAAACUCGCCAUCGUCACCGAGAAAGGAACUGUUCACUUUUAUGACAUGCCCGGCAACGCUUACCAAUGGCCGCCACCAAAGCGAUCCAUCCCACAACCAAAACCUCAACAAGGUGGAGUUAGCGGUAUGGUCAGCUCGGCCGGACAAGCCGCUGCAAAUCUGUUGACGAACGCCCAACCUCUCGUUGUUGCUGCCCGCCGGAGGAGAAGAAGCUCCAGCGGCAGCGCUAAUGGCUAUGGCACGAGUACUGGAAAGGACAGUACGCUUGGAAGUAGCAGCAACUCCGCACCACAAGCGAAUGCUACACUUCAUCGAGUUUCCCUCCCAUACGGGCCUGGAACCCCAGGAAUGGGAUUUGUCAAGUUCCUUGGUGGGAAAGAGUAUGGUUAUGUCGCAAUGAUCGGAGGCGGGACCCUGAGGAUCUAUGAGAGCAAGACCUCUACAGUUGCUAGAAGAAAAUCGUCGUCCCAUGACGGUGGUGUUGUCACCAACGGCUGGUUGGAGUACGAGCUCCCAGGUUUGCCGGAGGGUGUCCCCACCGGUAUUCCGGAACCUCUGGAAGAUGAGGAGGAACCCACUUCUCCAAUUUCAGUUGGUGAAGAAAAUACAAAGACCGAGCCAACGGUACUGCCAGGAUACUGGGGCGGAAAACUCCCCGCUCCUCCACCUACCUCCAAAAAUAAAGAUCUGCAAAAGGAACAUAUCGAUACACCACUUUCCUACGCUGAGAUUGAUACCAACCCUCCAUACCCUCCAAUCCACUCUGACCGACAUGUUACCCUUUCAGUUUUUAAGGAAGAAAACUCCAUUGCCGCUAGUGCUACUUGGCACCUCAAUAUUGCUCCAUCCAACGACACUGUUUGGGUUUUCGGUAGAAACAUUCCCUUUGAAAAACUGGACAUUGGUUUCGCUAAAGGCGAUGUGGAAUUCGUGGAGAGUAGCGAUGGUUUGGUCGAGGCUAUGGAGAGCGGCAUGAGAUUUGAGGAACGUCAGCAGCAGCAGCUGCUGCAACUCCCAAAGCCGUCUAGAUCUAGAACUUCUCGCAUCUCCACCCCACCUCAGAUCUCGGAGGUUGUCGAGGAGCCGAUGAUAUACGAGAUUCCGUCAGCAUCUUCGAUCAAUACUCUCCCAAAGCCAACGAAGGUCACCGCUGGAGUUGGGGGGAAGAAGAAGAAGAAGGGCAGCAAGCGCGUGGAUCCACCAGCCAAUGCCUUCGGCGACGAAGGCUUCUUUGAGGAAGGAGCCGAAGUUUUGGAUGAGAACAAGAGGAAACAGUAG